AUGGCAGCACAGUCGAAGGCCGCCUCCUCAGCGCAGUCGAAGGCCGCCGCCUCCUCUGCUGUCGUGAGCGGCGGCCUUUUCGCGGGCUACGUGGCGAUACAGCUCUCGACGCUGCUUCUCGCGUCUGCGGCGCAACAGAGAGACGUGCAGACGCGCCACGUCGACUCAACGGCGGUCACGCUCUCGGAGCUGGUCAAGCUGCUCAUCUCGCUGGUUGGGAUCGCCGCCACCGAGCGGGUGAUGCUGCGCGGCCUGCUGCGCGCCGUCCGGCAGUCGCUGCUCACCCCGUCGCUGCUUCGAGUCGCGCUGCCGGCGCUGCUCUACACGGUGCAGAACAACGUCAUCUACUCGUCGCUUGCGCGCGUCGACGCGGUCACCUUCCAGAUCACGUACCAGCUCAAGCUCGCCGCCUCGGUCCUCGCCUCGCGACUGCUGCUUGGCAAGCCCGUCAGCGUGGUGCUCGUGCUCACUCUGCUGCCAGCUGUCUCCGCGGGGCCAGGGUUCUUUUCAUUUCUAGGCGUGGUGCUCGUGCAGCUCUCGCUCCGUGCGGAGGACGAGGCGGCGGCGGCGCUGGGCGGCGGCGCGGAGGACGAGCAGGCGGAGCUGCUGGACGAGGACGAGCAGGCGGAGCUGCUGGACGAGGUUGCGAAGGGCGAGCGGCGGCGCUCUCGCGCGAUCGGCAUCUGCGGCGUCCUCGCCGCGUGCGGCUGCUCUGGCCUCGCCGGCGCGGCGAUGGAGGCGCUGCUCAAGGAGGAGAGAUCUUCGCUCCCGCGCCGCAACCUGCAGGUGUCCGCGGUCUCGCUCCUCCUCGCGACGGCGCACAUGCUCUCCUCGGACGCACAGCGGCUCUGGAGGGGAGGCUUGCUGCAAGGGUACAGCCCGCUCACCUACGCGAUGGCGCGCUACUACUCCGCCGACCCCGCCUCGCGAAAGCCGCCGCCGCGCCAGUUCCUCCUCGGCACUGCCCUCGUGCUCCUCGCACUCGGCACGUACAGCGUCGCCUGA